AUGGCGAAGAAGUCGGUCAUGGACACUGCGAUUCGCUCUCCGUUGUGCUUUCAUACCCUCGUCUACUCCGGUGCUGCUCACAAAGCUUUUCACCAGUCUCCAACCGUGGACAAUUCAAAGAGCGCGGUGUUACGCUUGACAAGCAAGGUGGAAGCGAUCAAGUCGCUCAGGUCGGCCCUGCAGUCUCAGGCGACAGCGUUGACCGAUGAAGUCAUCUUUGCUAUGGCUUUACUGGCGAUUGUCGGACAUGGAGAGAAUGUCAGCGCCGUAGAGAAGCGUGAGAGAAGGACAAUGUCAGCCGAGCAAGACGGCCAGUUCUACGCCAGCAUGGAAUAUGAGUGGCAACACAUGAAGGCUGUGAUCGAAAUCAUCAAGAUGAAAGGCGGACUGCAUACGAUCCGCCUUCCUGGCCUUGCCUUUGCUCUUGCUUCCUUCGAUAUCCAUACAUCCAUCAUGUUUCAAACAAAACCAUCGUUUCCUCUAUUUAUGCCAUCCUCGCCAGUUAUCGGCACCUGGCUCACAAGCCAACCUAGAAGUCCAGCAUUUCAGAGAUGCCUCAACCUAGCUACCGGGUUCUACUUCUUAACGGACUUGGGCUUGCCUACAGCUAUCGAGUUGCUUAAAGUCUUGAACGUCAUUCGCGAUCUGAUUGUUGCUUUCGACAGCUAUCAGCGGGGCGAUGGUGAAGCUCCCCCCAUCAAGAUGAUCAUCUUUGCACGAAACUUGAAUCAACACGAGCUAUUGACCUUGCCCGACUUAUCGGAGGAACUGUUCUCAUCAAGCUUGGCCUACCCUGAUUCACCAACCAGUUUGAAAACGCAUCGAGCACUCGCACUGUAUGAAAUCUGUCGGCUGUGUGCCUUUAUCUUCCAGAUCACGGUGCUUCUGCCGAACUUGCAUGACAACAUAGAUGUGACCAUACCAUAUGCCCGGCGCAUCAAACGAUGUCUGCAAUGUGCAACUACGGAAUUGCAUCUGCACCAGGACUCAACCUAUCAUUCCUUUUUCCUGUGGGUCGCCAUAAUGACGGCUUGGUCCGUAAGAAGCACAACCCUUUACGACUGGUUUGUUGACUUCUUGGUUCAACAUGUGCGCGCCGAAAUGAUAGGUCAAGAAGUCGACUACAGGGAAUCCUUGCGGAUGACCGUGGAGGAGAGACUGGCCAGAUUUCUCUGGCUUGAAAGUGAAUGCGAAGCACCUUGCGCCGAGAUCUGGGAAGACGUGAAGGCUUCCCUGAUUCUGGAUGAGCAGUGCGCGUUUUGUUAG